UACACUAUCUUCUCUAAUCCUAUCACUAUAAGUCACAAGAAGCACUAGAUUAAAAACUUCACAUAACAAAACAAUGAAGAACACAUUACUUGUCCUAUUCCUUUUCUUUGCCUUGAGCACCAAACCAUUGCUCGGUGCAGCCAGUACUGCACCGGAGCAAGUGGUUGACACAUCCGGCAAGGUCGUUCGAGCCGGUUCAAAUUACUAUAUUGUCCCUACUUCUCCUAAUGUAGGUGGCCUUUCCCUCACCAGCACAGGUGAAUCCACAUGCCCUCUUGAUGUUGUGCUUACAACAUCGGAUCCAAACGGUUACCGGGGCCAACCCGUGGUGUUUCAACCGGUUAACAUUAAAAAAGGCAUUGUUCGUGUUAACACUGAUCUCAACAUCUAUUUCGCAUAUGAAUCAAUUUGUGAGUCCACGGUGUGGAUGCUCAAGGACUAUGAUUAUUCAACCGGGCAUUGGUUUGUGACAACUAACAAUGGUGUGUUGGGAAACCCUAGUAGCAACACCGUUGCUAAUUGGUUCAAGAUUGAAAAGUACGAGGAUGGUUAUAAGUUGGUUUAUUGUCCAAGUGUUUGCAAGAAGUGUUACCACAAAUGCAGUGAUAUUGGGAUAUAUGAGGACCAAUAUGGCAAGCGUUUGGCCCUUAGUGAUGUGCCAUUCAAAGUUCGAUUUCAACUUGCGUGAAGCUCAACCUAUGUAUAAAUAUGCCUAGAUCUUGAUGAAUAAUUUUUAUCAUGUACAACUUGUCCUUCACAUUGCUCAAGUUGAACUUCUUGUCGUUGACUAAAUAAAUUAAAUAAUAAAUAAGCAAUGUAUUUUCUUUA